AUGAUGUUUAUAUUAUUCACCAGUGUAUUAUUCGUGUUAAUUCAUCAAGGACAAUGCAGUAUGCACGCCACAGCUAAUCUUCAAUUACAUACUACAACAACGUCAAUAGGAACAUUGACAUUUUCUCAACAAGAUGCAAAUUCACCUGUUCAAAUUACUGGUACACUUCGGUCAUUGAAUAUUAGUGCCAAUCAUGGCUUUCAUGUUCAUACUUAUGGAGUUUCAGAAAGUUCACCAAAUUGUACAGCAGCUGGUGGCCAUUUUAAUCCUUACAAUACUUCUCAUGGACCUCGUAAUGCCACUAUCAUGCAGCGACAUGUUGGUGAUCUUGGCAAUAUAACAACGGAUGCUAAUGGUAUAGUUACUAUUAAUAUUCAAGAUAGUAUUAUUCAAUUUUAUAAUGCUACACAAUCGAUUGCUAAUAGAACUAUAGUUGUACAUCGUAUGUAUGACGAUGGUGGUAUGGGAGCGGGUGAAAGCAAUCUAACUGGAAAUGCCGGUGAACGAGUUGCUUGUGGUUCUAUCAUAAUGACGAUGUCCGAUGGAAUAAAUAUCAAACCGAUUACAUCUAAUCUGUUUCUUGCAAUGAUGGUCAUUAUCAUGAUAUUCUUCUAUUGA